AUGGAUCCACUCAAAUACAUCUUCCAAGAGCCGAUGCCCACCGGGAAAUUAGCAAAAUGGCAAAUCUUGUUAAGUGAGUUUGACAUCGUGUACAUAACUCAGAAAGCCAUCAAGGGACAGGCCUUGACGGAUCACCUCGCAGAGAACCCUGUAGACAAUGAAUACAAGCCGCUUACAACCUAUUUUCCUGAUGAGAAAGUACUGCUCGCAAGGGAAGAUAUUUCAGAGCCUUAUUCCGGAUGGAGGAUGUUCUUUGACGGAGUGUCAAAUUUCAAAGGAGUCAGAAUAGGAGCAGUUUUGGUUUUCGAGACAGGCGAUUCUGACCUAUUAGUUCAUCAGGUACUAGGAGAAUGGACCACCAAGAAUGUCAAAAUUCUUCCAUACUUGCAUUGCAUGAAGGAGUUGUGCAAGCAGUUCAGAGAGAUUGACUUUAAGCAUGUGCCUCGAAUCCAAAAUGAGUUUGCUGAUGCCCUUGCGACAUUGUCAUCAAUGAUCCAACAUCCGGACAAGAAUUACAUCGACCCUAUCAAGGUAAAGAUACACGAUCAGCAAGCAUAUUGUUUUCAUAUCGAUGAGGAAUUGGAUGGCCAGCCAUGGUACUACGACAUUAAGAAGUUGCUCGAGACGAGAAAAUAUCCAAAAAAUGCAACUAACAAACAGAAGCAGACCUUGAGGAAAAUGGCAAAUCACUUCUUCCUUAAUGGAGAAAUCCUAUAUAGGAGGACUUCAGAUCUGGGAUUGCUAAGAUGUGUGGAUGCCACAGAGGCGACGAGGUUGCUAGAAAAAGUACACGCAGGGACAUGUGGACCCCACAUGAACGGAUUCACUUUGGCAAAGAAGAUUCUGAGAGCGGGAUACUUUUGGAUGACUAUGGAAAGAGACAGCAUUCGCUACGUACAAAAAUGUCAUCAAUGUCAAGUUCAUGGAGAUUUCAUUCAAGUUCCCCCAAAUGAGCUCAAUGUAAUGGGCUCCCCUUGGCCGUUCGCCGCUUGCGGAAUGGAUGUGAUUGGACCUAUCGAACCCCCUGCAUCAAAUGGACACCGCUUCAUCUUGGUGGCCAUCGAUUAUUUCACUAAAUGGGUCAAAGCUUCAACGUACAAGGCAGUAACAAAAAAGGUGGUAGCAGAUUUUGCUCGCAACAAUAUAGUUUGCCGAUUUGGGAUUCCAGAGUCAAUUAUCACAGAUAAUACGACCAAUCUCAACACCGAUCUUAUGAGAGAGACUUGUGAAAAGCUUAGGAUCGCCUACCAAAAUUCCACAGCUUAUCGACCACAGAUGAAUGGAGCAGUCGAGGCAGCAAAUAAGAACAUCAAGAAGAUCUUAAGGAAGAUAACAAACAGUCACAGGCAGUGGCAUGAAAAGUUGCCAUAUGCUUUGCUUGGUUACCGUACCACUGCUAGAACAUCCACAGGAGCAACUCCCUAUAUGUUGCUCUAUGGUUCCGAAGCUGUGAUACUCGCAGAAGUAGAGAUACCUUCUCUUAGGAUUAUCCAAGACAUUAGUUUGGACGAUGCAGAAUGGAUACGUAGUAGACACGAACAGUUGAUUCUUAUUGAUGAGAAAAGGAUGGAUGCUGUCUGUCACGGUCAGCUUUAUCAGAACAGGAUGUCCAAGGCAUUUAACAAGAGAGACGAAGCUAAAGGGAAAUUCGCACCAAAUUGGCAAGGUCCAUACGUGGUUCAUCGAGUGCUUUCAGGAGGAGCAUUGAUUUUGGCAGACAUGGAUGGUAAAUUCUGUAGCAACAAGUAUACAUGGUGGAAUGGCAGAAAUGAAGAGGAGUGCAUUUUCAAAAGGCUUGACAGAGUUUUUGGUAAUCAGAAGUUCAUGGAUUUAUUCCCAUCAAGUGAAGUGUCACAUUUUAUAAGGUAUGGAUCUGACCAUGCACCCCUCCAUGUUGUGUGGGACAGUCAAGAGGAGCCAGUGAUUAAAUUUUUUAAAUUCUUGAACAUCUGGACUAAACAUCCUAAGUUCUUGGAAGUGGUGCAAGGCAACUGGUGCUUAGAUUUUGCAGCUAAUCCUUUCAUUGAGUUUCAGGGUAAAAUGAAAAAGGUUAAACAAGCUUUGGAACAAGCUUUGGCUAAGCGGAGUAAGGACAAUUCUGGAAAUAUACUCCAGCAAAUAUCCACUGUAGAAGAUGUUAUCAAAGUGAAUGAGUUGCAGCUUGAACUUAACCCAUAA